AUGAGAAUUUCACUUAGAUAUGGGCUGAUUACUACGGCAUUAACCAUAGGUAUUAUAUACCAUGCAUUCAGUAAAUAUAAACAAUUCUAUCCAGCCGGUGUAUAUCUUGCCACUGCAAAGCAUUCUCUUUUGAUCUUUGCCAAUAUGUUGGUGGUGAUGGCAUACUUUCUUGAUCGUGUACAAGAACGUGAAGCAGAGUACUUAAAUGAUAGAUUGAAAUCAUCGAUUACAGAUACAAUUCUGGCGCUUACUAUAUUCCGAGAUCAUUUCAAUGCACAAUUUAUAUUCCUAUUUCUAUUGUUAUUAUUCUUCCAAGUUUUCCAUUGGUUAACAAAAAAUCGUGUAGAAUAUAUUGAACAUACACCAUAUAACUUCAUUAAUCACAUAAGAUUGGUUGCAUUGUUACUGCUGUUGUUGAUUGGUGAUAUGUUAUUCAUUUACUUUGCUGCGUCAUCACUUAUUAAAGAUGGUCCGAAUGUUAUGUUAUUAUUUGGUUUAGAGUUUGGAUUAUUACUUGUUACUGUUUUAUCUACAUUGAUUACAUUAUUUAUAAAUAUAGAGGGUAUCAAGAGAGAAGGUCGAUGGGAUAACAAGGGUCUCUACAUCUUAUAUCUCGAAUUCGCAACAGAGACAUGCAAAGCCAUCCUUUAUUUAGUGUUCUUUGGUGUCACUCUUGUUUACUAUGGUCUACCAAUUCAUAUUAUCAGACAGAUAUUCAUUUCAUUGAGAACAUCAGUAAGAAGAUUCAACGAUAUCAAGAAAUAUAGAAACAUUACCAAUGAGAGAUUCCCAGAUGCCACUGAAGCAGAGCUGAACAACACCGAUAGAAUAUGCAUUGUUUGCAGAGAGGAUAUGACAGUCGGUAAGAAGUUGCCAUGUGGUCACAUCUUGCAUAUGAGUUGUUUGCGUUCUUGGUUGGAGAGACAGCAAUCCUGUCCAAUCUGCAGAGCAGAUGUACUUAUUGACCCUGUUGCUGCUGCCGCUGCUGCUGCCCAACCACAGCCACAGCCACAACCACAACCACAACAACAACAACAAGUCCCAGUUGCUGCUGCACAACAAGUCCCAGCACAACCCGCUCCAGCCGUUGCCGCUAACAACAAUCAUGCACAUGCGCAGCCACAACAACAACAACAACAACAACAACCACUUGGACAACAUAUGCAUAAUCUACAGGAGUUACUUCAAAGAUUCAGACAGAUUGAGAUGCAACAACAACAACAAGGACAUGCUCAAAUUCAUAUUAGACAAAUACCUGUACAAAAUAAUGUACAACAAGUUCAUGUUCAAACUCAACCACAAACACAAACACAAACACAAAAUGAUACAACUAUUCCACAACAAGGAGAGCAACAACAACAACAUCAACAUCAACAAUAUAAUCCAAUUGAGCAUUUACAUUUCAUUCAACAACAUCUUAUUUAUCUCCAACAACAAACCAAUAUUCUAUCUGCUCAAUUACAAUUGCAUUAUAGAAAUUUUACAACUGUCGACCAACAACAACAACAGCAACCACAAAAUAAUAACGAUAUAAUAACACCAAGUUCAGAAAAGUCUACAACAACCGAGGUUGAAUCGACCACUACCGACAACUUGGAAAAUGAGACCAAAGAAGCUGAAGAGGAGAUACAAGUAUCUGACAGUAAAGAUAAUAUUGAAAGUGAGUCACCAAACGAAAAAGAUGUCUCGAUUCAAAUCAGCAGUGAGCAAAACGUAGAAGAAAAUGAUGAUAAUCUGGAAGAUGACUUUAAGAAACAACUAAAGAGAAGAGCAAUGUCUCAUAGAGAUAGGAAUAAUUCGGAAUCUCAAAGAGAUUAUUAUUAA